AUGAAUCACGCUUCUAAUCGGUAUACCGAAACCAAAAGUAGACUUGGUUUUGAUACUAGCAAACUUAGAUCAAGUUAUGCUAUUCGCAAAAGUGAUGUUACAGAUGAAAGUAAAACAGAAAAUAUAAAAUCAUAUUUAUUGAAAGUUCAGGACAAAGAAAUUAAUGCUUCAACUACACUAAAAGAUACAGUUAAGCAACAAAAGAGAGAAAACGAAAAAUUACAAUUAAAAUUUGAUAUUGAAUUUCAGGAAAAUAAAGAUUUACGGAAUUUAAGCAUUUUAUUGAACGAAUACUAUCAUAAAACGCUUGCAAUCAUGGAUUUUAAAAACAAAAAUGAAAUAUCUAAGGAAGAUAUCGAUAUUUUGAUUCAGAAUUAUAACGAAUAUAUUAUUUCGCAAAUCAAAGAGAACGUUAAAGAUGCUUCAUUGGUUGAACAAGUACAUGUACUUAUAGAUCUUAACAAAAAGGUUUCAGAUAUGAGGAAAACUGUUGUUGAAAAGAAAAUAGAACUAGAACGACCUCUCGACCAACAAGAAAUCUAUCAGAUGAAAGAGCAGAUAAAACUCAAGCAUCUCUUUUUAACGAAGAAAUAUGAUGAAUUAGAUGAAUUUUUAAAGCAAGAAAUUAUCUUUCAGAAGGAGAAUGAUCAACAAUCCAUAGAGAAAAUGGAUCAGGACUUACUUCUUUUAGCAGAAGAACUUGAUUCUGCCAAGAAAAAGCUGAUAUCUUCUCGUUCUGCAGGAAUUCAAUCCAGAAUGAACGAAUUAAUGGUCCAACUCAAUAUAAUUCUAGAUAGGAAAAAUGAAUUAAAUUCGGAAAUAGAAAGUCUGGUUGCAGAAAAAUCGAAAUCAGAAUUUCAGCUCCAAGAAUCAAAAUCUAAGCUAGAAGAACUCCAACAAAGACUAUCAGUUUUGCAAAAUAUUAAGAAGUCAAUGAUUUUUAUGUAA